AUGGCGCUUCACGGUGGCAAAUGGGCAGACUACGGCGGAGGAGGACGACUCGGACUAUCGGAGUAUGGCAGAGGAGGGUCGGGCUUAGGGAGGAGGAGGAGGAGAAGUGUCGGAGUGAGUGUGGCGACCGCAGCGGAGUCCCUUUUGGCUGUUACUGUGCCAAAGUGUCAAGUUAAGGGUUGCCACGUUUCGCUGGUGAAUGCUAAGGAUUACCACCGGAGGCACAAGGUGUGUGAGAUACACUCUAAGGCUCUGAAGGUGAUGGUUUCAGGGUUAGAGCAACGCUUUUGUCAGCAUUGCAGCAGGUUUCAUGUAGUGUCUGAAUUUGAAGAGUCUAAGAGGAGUUGUAAGAGGAGAUUAGCAGGCCACAAUGAACGAAGAAGAAAGAGCUCUCAUGAUUCUAUUGCUAGACACUCGUCCCAUCAUGAGAACAAUAUAGUAGUGGGUGGGGGAUUUCCAUACAUAUGGCAACUUCCACGAUCGGACGUGCUCUCUCUCUUCUGUCAUCUAAGACCGCCGAUUAUUCGGGUGCCCCCAUCUGAAUCCGACCUCUCCUCAAGAUCAAGCGCAGCCCUUCGUGAGCUCAUUGCUGAAAACCGCGCAACCAUAAUGGCUCCUCAGCUAGUUGUGGACGGGGACGCAUGGCCCUCACAUCACGCCCACCAUCAUCCGCCCAGGGAUCAACUCUUUGGUUCCGAGGCCCCACGAGCUUUCGGUUCAAUGGAGUCCCACCAUCACCACAACAUAUUUCCAGAGCCUCACCAUAAUGGUGGCUGGGAAAGGAUAGGCGAAAAUGGUAUGCAUGUCACGCUUCACCUGAUGCAGGCACCGAGCCAGGGUUUUGGAGCGUUCAUGGCUUCCACGGGAAAAACUAAGACUGAGGAAGAUGAUUGUUCUGAUCACCAUUUGUGGAACUUCUUACAGGGACACAAUCUUGUCUAG